AUGGCAAAAGUUUCAUCAGAAUUCAAAGAGGAAAAGUUUUGCAAAACUGAGGAACAGAUAGAGGAGGAGAAUGUCAACGAGGACAUGAAACCGAAACAGCAACAAGAUUCCAGCAUGCACACUACCACUACUACGGCCCAGGAUAACAGAGAUUAUGAUAAUAAUAAUAAUAAUAAUAAUAAUAAUAAUAAUUCCUCCAAUGUCAAUAAAUCGGUUUAUUUAAUUAACAAUAAAGGACAGGAAGAGAAUAAGCCUAAGAAUAAGAAGACAAGGACAAUAAUUGCAUGUCGACAGAAAUCAUUAAAUAUGAAUCAACAAAUACGAACGAAUGAAAAAUUCGGUCAAAAAUUAUCAUUAUUAUUAUUAACCAAUCAGAAUUCAGUGGCUAGAAUUGAAAAUUCCCUUAGUAGUUUAACAAUGAAUUCACAUGAAUACAACAAACAUCAGUCACCACUACCACUGCCACCAUCACCACCACCACCACCUGCUGUUCCUGUCUCUAUCGACACUACUUUUGCUAUUAUUCACCAGAGUACUAGUACUAGGUUAUAUGAUAAAAAUGAUGAUUACGAUAUGCGAAAACAAAUGAAACAUACAAAUAGUGGUAGUAAUCGUUCGGGAAAGUUAACUACUACUACUACUACUCUAUCUAGUGAACAUGAAGGCAAACAAAGAUCAUAUGGAUUACGUACGGAUAUUAAUACUAAUAAUAAUAACAAUAAUAAUCAAGAAUUAAUUCAAAGAAUUCAUCCGACAACAGUAUCAUCAGUAAGCCCGUCGACAACAGUCACGAAAACAACAACAACAAUGGGAACUAGUCUACCAACUAGUUCAGAAAUACCUGAGUCAAAGUAUUUAAAUCAAUCUGAAAAUACUGAAAUUGGCUGAAAUGAAUUUCAUUGAAAAGUUGUAUUAAAAGCACAUUUGUUUCUCAAAAAAUAAUGAAGAUGGUAGAAGAAUUCAAGAAUAUCGUUUUCAUCUUCAAAAGCUGUCAAUUUGACUUUUCUGCAUUCCAGUGGAAAAUGAAUAACAU